UCCCUCGCUCGCUCCCUGGCUCGCUCGCUCGCUCGCCGGCCCGAGUGCGGAGGCCAACGUCGCUGACCUCUAGCCUGCCUACGGCCACGUCGGGCGGCCCGCACUCCCGAGCGAGGGGACAGCCAGGGAGGGCGGCCCGACAUGUCCCAGGAGAUGGGGGAGCUCACGCAGACGCGGCUGCAGAAGAUCUGGAUCCCCCACAGCAGCGGCAGCCGUCUGCAGCGGCGCAGGGGCUCAUCCAUCCCCCAGUUCACCAACUCCCCAACGAUGGUGAUCAUGGUGGGGCUGCCUGCCCGGGGCAAGACCUAUAUCUCUACAAAGCUCACCAGGUACCUCAACUGGAUUGGAACCCCAACCAAAGUGUUCAAUUUAGGCCAGUACCGUCGAGAGGCCGUCCAAUACAAGAACUACGAGUUCUUUCGGCCAGAUAACAAGGAAGCCUUGGUCAUCCGGAAGCAGUGUGCCCUGGCAGCCCUGAAGGAUGUCCAUGAUUACCUUGGCCAUGAAGAAGGUCAUGUAGCGGUUUUUGAUGCCACCAACACUACCAGGGAAAGACGGUCACUCAUUCUGCAAUUUGCCAAGGAGCACGGGUACAAGGUUUUCUUCAUUGAGUCCAUCUGCCAUGAUCCAGACAUCAUUGAGGAGAACAUCACACAAGUCAAGCUGAGCAGCCCAGAUUACAAAGACUGCGACCGGGAGAAGGUGGUAGAAGACUUCCUCAAGAGAAUCGAGUGCUAUGAGAUGAAUUACCAGCCCAUUGAUGAGGAGCUGGACAGCCACUUGUCCUACAUCAAGAUCUUUGACGUGGGCACCCGCUACCUGGUGAACCGAGUGCAGGACCACAUCCAGAGCCGCACUGUGUAUUACCUGAUGAACAUCCACGUGACGCCUCGUUCCAUCUACCUGUGCAGACAUGGGGAGAGUGAGCUGAACCUGAAGGGCCGCAUUGGGGGCGAUUCGGGCCUUUCCCCCAGGGGCAAGCAGUAUGCGUAUGCCCUGGCAAACUUCAUCCAGGCCCAGAGCAUCAGCUCCCUGAAGGUCUGGACGAGCCACAUGAAAAGAACAAUCCAGACGGCUGAGGCCCUGCGGGUUCCGUACGAGCAAUGGAAGGCCCUGAACGAGAUCGAUGCUGGUGUCUGUGAAGAGAUGACCUAUGAGGAGAUCCAAGAGCAUUACCCAGAGGAAUUUGCACUUCGAGACCAGGACAAAUAUCGCUACCGCUACCCCAAGGGAGAGUCCUAUGAGGACUUGGUACAGCGUCUAGAGCCUGUGAUCAUGGAACUGGAACGGCAGGAGAAUGUGCUAGUGAUCUGCCACCAGGCUGUGAUGCGUUGUCUCCUGGCCUACUUCCUGGAUAAGAGUGCAGAGGAGCUGCCUUAUCUCAAAUGCCCCCUGCACACAGUACUCAAACUUACCCCAGUGGCCUACGGUUGCAAAGUUGAGUCCAUUUACCUGAACAUAGAGGCAGUGAACACCCACCGGGAGAAGCCAGAGGAACUUCCACCCUGUUCCUCUGGCCAGCCCCCCACCAACCCAACAGCCCUCCUUGGAAGACCUGAGUGAAGGCCUCCCUUCCCUGAACCCUCAGAAUGUGGACAUCAGCCGUGAACCUGAAGAAGCCUUGGAUACGGUGCCAGCUCACUACUAAGCAUCUUGGGCCAGGCCACAGAGCCAGCUCCUGCUCGCAUCCCCCCAGCCAGAGGCUGGCCCACCCCCCCACCUACCCACCAACAAAGGGAUCCACGUCUCCCAUCCAGCUUAGCUUUCCAACAGCCAAGCCCUGAUUCGGCACUUUAGUUUUGGAGACUGAGGCAGGCAGGAAAGGGUGGGAGGUGGACGGGAUUGGAGCAGAGAAGCCAAUGAUGAAAGGGGAGGGGAGACCCGACCAGUAACACUGCCCCCAACUAGGCUCUUACCUAUUCCAUGUGGCAGCCAGAUCCAGGAUUCCCAGGGGCACAGCUGAUGAUUGGCCCCCAAGCCCUCCUGGCCUUUCAGAGAUGAAACGUGUCUCUGGGUACCCCAACAGCGGCUCCCCUUCAACACAAUAACAUCCACGAGUUCCCUGUUGGGGGGGGGAGAUCAUUUGAAAUUGUCAGCCCACUUCAAACAACUGGCCUUUUGGGAAGUCUUCACCAUCCGGGAGACCCAAGAGGGUAGCACCAGGGCUCCCGCUGGGGGAGCGAUGACAGGGUCACUGUGGCUCUGCCUCCCUCCUGUGUCCUCCAGGGCCCCUGCUAGCUGAUAAUCGUUAACCUGCUCCGGCCAUCUCUUUAGGGACACUGGCAAAAUCACGCUCCCUGCUAUUCCUGUUUUGAAAAUAAAGAGGGUUGGACUUUA